CUAGUUUCUGUGCAGUCUGCACGUACGUAUGAGUUCUGACUUCUGGUUUAUGUGUAUAAGUGGCGGUGAAAAUAUUCUUUUACUUCAGAAGGAAAGUAUAUGCUAAUUAUCUUGAAAUGUAUACGGCUGAAGUGAUCUAGCAAGGCGAAGAAAGAUAUAAGUGCAUAUCUUUCUUCGCUUUAGAAUUUUCCCUCUAAGGGGUUACAAAAUGGGAAAUACCAUAACACAACAUAACCCUCGAGAUAAACACAAAGCCAAAUAGCAGAUAAAUAUUUUAAAUUUUUAUUGUCAAUUUCUUUGGAAACUCAAUAUUCAUCAUGAAGACCAACAACACCAACGAUAUGAGUGAUGGUGAAGUUUCUGAUGCGGAAUCCAAUCAUUCUAAUUCUAGUAGAGACAACGAUGGAGGAAGAGAAUCAAGUGAAGAUGUUGGUGAUUCAAGUGAUAGUUCCGAAAUGGAUGAAAGUGAAUGUGAAAAUAAAAGAACCCAACUUAGCCAACAUGUUCAAGAUUUAGAAGGUCAAUUCAGUCAUCUUCGAGAACAAUUAUAUCAAGAACGCUUAUCUCAAGUUGAGCAUCAACUAGUUGAAGUUAAGGCUGGAAGGUCGUUAGAUUAUUUAAAUCCUUUGGAAGAAUUACAAAAAAAUAUGAGUAUUAGAAUUGAAGUGGCUGGUAUUCUAAGACAGUUAAAAAUUGAAAAUGUUCAGAAUCAGUACGAAGCAGAAGAACAAGCAGCAGAACAAAAUUUUGAAAGUGAAAAGGGCCUAGCAUAUGAUUAUUUCUUCUCUGAAUUAAUGGAUACUAUUCGAAGGUUGGAGGAAGAUAGACAUAACUGCGAGUUGAGUUGGGGUGAAGGUGGUGAAUGGUGUUCAAGACCUAGAUCUCGAUCUAGAAAAAAGGCAAUUACAGUGUCUGGACCUUAUAUAGUGUAUAUGUUGAAACCUCAAGAUAUAAUGGAGGACUGGACUUUGAUUAGAAAAGGUCUUAAACGUACAGCAUGAGGUUCUUAACAUGCACUCGCUGGUAUUAAUAGGAGGUAUGAGUGGAAUUUUUCAAUAUGUUGUGAUACGAAUUCAAAGAAUUCUUAUUUUCUUGGUAUUUUUCCGUUGAAGCACAAAUUUGAAUUAUUUUUAAAUAAAAUAUUAUUUUUUUGAUUGAAGAGCAUAAAAUAUGUUUAUACACAUAUAUACUAUUUGAUUGAUUCAAAAAAUUGAAUGUUUUAUGAUUCUAUAACCAAAAUACAUAAAUUUGAAUUCUAGUUAUGCUGUAAUAAACUCAUUAUUACUAGCAGUUAUUGCUUUGAAAGACAAUUUUGUUUGAAAUAAUUUUUAUUAGAAUUGACUAAUGAAUAAUGGCAUUUUUAACUUUAUAAUAUUAUUGCAAUAACUAUUUAUAAUUUAUAGUUGAUAUGACAAUUCAAAACUUACGGGUCUUGCUUAUCUUUCUGAUCUUAUACAUCCUCAAUUUAACAAGUCAUAAGUAAUAUGGAAAAUUUAGGACUAUCCACACCCCAUUUCAUGAAAGGAUGUUUAUAUUUAAUUCUUCAUUCUUUUAAAUGAGUUUUAUUAUGAUUUUCUCAUAGAUUGAUAUGAUUUCUCUCUUUUCAAUUUUGAAUCAGAAAUUUCAAUAUUAUAUGGAAAGAAUAUAAUAUUUCUUUCAUAUAAUAUAAUAGGUAAUGAAUCUUGUGUUUAAAGUAGAGGCAGUAGUUAUGUAUCAUAAAAGAAAUCAUUUUCAUUCAUCUCGGUAAAAUUAUCUGAAUUACUAAAAAAUGCAAAAUUAUCAUAUCACUUGUGGGGCAUAUUUCUUCCUGAUUGAAGAUAGUUUCAAAAAGUUUAAGUGCAUUGUUUGUACAUUAAUAUCUGCACUAUAUUUUUAAUUAUAAUAUGGACAAAAUUGUGUACUUACCACAUAUGCUGAAAUUCAACUAUUUUUGUUUGAAUUAUAUAAUGAAACCAUUUCAAAAUUGAAACUGAAUCAUUCAAUCAAACUGUUAUUUCUACAGUAUCCUACUGUUGAAAGAAUUAUUAUUUUAAUAAUUAUAUUUGUACCUAUUCUUAAAAAACUAUGUGAAGCAAGAAAGUUUUUUCAAAAUUAUAAAAUUUUCAAGUUGAAGCUUAGUAAUUUUAAGGGCCAUUCGCACCAUUUGCCUAAACAUUGAUUAAAAAUUUAAACGUUGAUUACUCUAUGGUUUCCCAAGAGAAAUCAGAAAUUAAUCAAUGUUUAAAUUUUAAUCAACGUUUAGGCAAAUGGUGCAACUGGCCCUAAAUAUUGACAAAAUACAUUCAUUUCAAGUACAGUUUUGACGGUUUUUUUUUCAUUAUCUAUAGAAAACGGGUCAAUUUAAAGGGCAAAUUUAGAUUAUUUGUUACAUAAAUUCUUCAUUUGUUUUCCAUAUAUAACAUCAUGGUGGAAAUAAAAUAUGUUUUAUUGCAAGGCUCCACCUGGAAGUAUGGUUGAUAUAUUUAAGGAGUACUCUUGAAAAAUCUAAAUACUCUCCAAUUUCUUUCAUUUGUAUUUCAUAUUUGGACAGCAAAAGAAGAAAUUUUAAUCACAACUCAAAAAAUUUUUCAUACAUAUUACAAUCAUCAAAAUACUUAUCAUUUUCUUGUUUUCACUUGAAAAUUGUGAAACAAAAAUUUGUUUUGUAAAUUAUGUUUAUAAAUUAAUUUAAUACUGUUGAACAUUGAAAUUGUUUAUGUUAUAUUUUGUAGUCUUAACUUGCCUAAGAUUCAGAUUAUUUAUUUUUCUUUCUGCUUGGCAGAAUAUAUUUUACAAUGGCUGAAGAAAUAAUUUCAGAUAUAAAGCUUCACGAAAUUCAUAAUUUUUUUAAUCCAAUAAAAAAACACUUUUCAUUUAUUUGAUGUCCAUUGAAAAAAGUUACUUCACUCAUAUUGAAAAAUUCAUUAUCUAUUUUCAAGCAUUAGAUAGUAAAUUAAGUUUUAAAUUUUUUAAGUUAAAUUUCAAAAUUGUAUUUAUUUUAUAUAUUUCGGUCCUAUCAUUUUGAACAUUGAAAAUAAAUUUUUUUGUGUAAAGAUCUACCAUUGGAAAAUAUUUAAUAUUAACUUAUUAUUUUAAAAGUAACAUAGAUUUAAUGAUAUCUUGAUAGUCAAAUUUCUUAAGGCCGAUUGCAUUGUAUAAAGGGGCUACUAUGUAAAGAUUUGUUAAUGACUGAAUUAAAACUGCUGCAAAAUUUA